UAAUGUUACUGUGUUUAUCGGCACAAGCGUUUGCUGCAUGGAGGGGGCACUGUGGCAAUUCAACCAUAUUUACCCGUGUAAUCAACGGUGAUGUUGCAGAACAUGGAAAGUGGCCCUGGAUGGUUAGAACUAAUUACCAUAACAAUUUGUCUAACCCCAGCCAAUAUAUACCAUGGUGCGGUGGUUCGCUGAUUAGCGAUCAGUGGAUACUGAGUGCCGCCCACUGUAGUCAUCCCGAGAUAAAAUCCGUCACUUUUGGUGAUUAUAAUAUUAAUGAACGCGAAGGCACUGAACAUAUCGCAAACAUCAGUGAACAUCACGUACACCCUGGUUAUAAUAACACAAAUAUGCGUGAUGAUAUCGCCCUGCUCAAGUUAAGCGAACCACUAGAUCUAAUUGAUAAGCAUAGACUUUUUGAGCCAAUUUGCCUGCCAUGGGCUGACACGACACUUGGUUUGGGGACUAAGUGCACGGCCACCGGUUGGGGAAGCACCGUGGCCGCAUAUUAUGUCCUCUCAAACGAAUUGCAAGAGGUCGAAUUAGCAAUCGCUAGUAAUUCUACUUGUAAUUGGGAUGCCAAGCUAAUUUUUCAGCAAAAUAAGCAAUUGUGCGCCGUGAAUCAUGAUAGUAGUAAACAUACUUGUAAAGGUGACAGUGGAGGACCCCUAAGCUGUCGACUUGGGGAGGUUGGCUGGGUGUUGGAAGGUGUUUAUUCUUGGGGUAACUGCUUGGAUAAUCCGGAUGUAUUUACUCGCGUAUCCGCUUAUAUACCAUGGAUUCAACGUGCAAAG